GGUAAAUUGACUAUCUGGUUGAGAGAGAGGUCUCUUAAAACGACCGCGCGUAUUCGGCGGCGGUGGAGAAGGUUUCGUCGGGUGCGCACACGUCACCCACUCCGCGGCGCACUUUAGCACAACUCUCAACCGGCCACCUCCUUCUCGGCCCAAUCCUUCAUUAACCUAACUUUUUUUUUCUAACCUACGCCUCUCCUCUCCUCCGCCUCUUUAUUAUCUCUUACCCACCGCUCUUUCUACUUUCACUAAUUUAUUCUUCGCCGCCGCAAUGUCUAUCCCCGAUGAUGGAUCUCCCGUCGCCAUGGCCAUCGAUUCUUCCACCGCCGUAACCGUCGCCACCACCACUACUAGAAGAGUUCCUCCUCCGUGCUGGACCGACGAAGAAACCGCGGCGCUUGUCAAUGCCUACAAGGAUAAAUGGUUCGCCCUCCGCCGUGGGAACCUUCGUGCGGCUGAUUGGGACGACGUCGCCGCGGCUGUUUCGUCCUCGUCCACCGUGGGAGGUCCGCCGAAAUCAGCAAUCCAAUGUCGACACAAGAUCGAGAAGCUACGGAAACGUUAUCGCGGCGAAAAACAACGGUCUCUUAAUCGACCAGGCAAGUUCUCUUCCUCUUGGGAUUUGUUCCCAAUCUUGGAUGCUAUGGGAUUCGCUCCGGUGACUCCGGCGGCCGUAGAAACUUACGAUCCCGAUGUGGAUCAUGAUGAUGAGAGUAACGGUUUGGAUGGAUUUAGGGUUAGAUCGAAGAGGUCUGGGAAGUUUAGCGGUGGUUACUCUGAUUCACCUCGAGAUGUAGGAGAUGGAUAUGGGGUUAGAUCUAGGGCAAGGAGUAACAUGAAAUUGUAUGGUGGUUUCAAGUCUGAGUUUGAAUCAGAUCACGAUUCAGGAAGUGGAUUUGGAUUGAAGAGGAAAUACAAUGGGAAUCCAAAGGUUAGUGCUGAUUUCGAUGCUGAUUCUGAUGAUGAGAUUGUGUUAGUCCCCAAGGCAACUAGGCUUCGGGGUCAUGGUAAGCCUUCCUCUGGCGAUUUUAGCCAUGGCGGUGGUGGUGGUUUUCCGUUGAAGUCGUUUGGUGAUCGAAAUUUCGCUUCUCAUGGAUUUAAACCCAAGAAUUUCAGUAAGCCUGAACCCAAUUUCUCUCAGGAUCUGGAUUAUGAUGAUGAGUUUGAUGAUGAUAGAGCAGAGAGGGAAGGAUUCAACUCGAGGAUUCAAAGUUCUAGGAGCUCUUCGCGGGUGAAUGGCUACAGCAGGAAGGAUGGGAGCUAUCCUCGAAACACUGGUGUUUCCAAUGGCUAUGGAUCGUCUUCUAGGUUCAAGCAUGAGCAAAUGAAUGCAGCAGCAGAAGUUGAGUCUGACCCGAUUGAUGAAGUUGUCUCUUCUGUUAAGAUGUUGACAGAAAUGUUUGUGAGGGUGGAGAAUUCGAAGAUGGAGAUGAUGAGAGAGAUGGAGAAGUCGAGAAUGGAGAUGGAACUGAAGCAUUGCCAGAUGAUGCUGGAGUCACAGCAGCAGAUCAUAGGUGCGUUUGCUGAAGCAUUGAGCGAGAAAAAGAGCACAAAUGCAAGGAGGCCAGUUUAGUAGUAGCAAACUCUCUUAUUAAAGAGGAAUGAACGGUUUCAUAAUAUGGAUUUUCAUAUGGUAUAAUGGUCAAAUAGCUUUUGAGUGUAGUACGAAGUGUCUUCUUCGAGUUACUAGGAACCAAAACGGCAGUGAAAUUUGAUGCGAGUAAUGCAGGUGAAGUUUUUAAUUAUUGGCAUUUUGAUAAUUUGAUAAGAUGAAAUUUGUGUUUGAA